AUGUUCUCCCGAUUCAUUUACAUCUUCGCUUUCCUCGCCUCGGCUGUCUUCGUGCAAGCACAAGAUGAUGCCUGGCAUCUGGAUUACAUCUAUGUCCUCGCCAACGAGGAGAUUGAUCCUAUUGUAUCACCAAACCAGCAAUCUUCGCAUAUGCACAAGAUCAUUGGUGGUUCUAGAAUGUCGGCAUUUUAUAACUCGGACUACUAUUCUGCUGCGUCGUGUUCAUCUCUUAGACAACAGGCCGAUAAGUCCAACUAUUGGAUGCCCAACCUUUACGUUAUCGACACCGACACCAACAAGUUUGUGCCUGUACCAAUCUUGGCUCGAUUCUACUACUUCUUGUCUCGAAACUCUCAAUACCAGAACGUUAGUCCUUUCCCCAAGGGUCUUCGAAUCUUGACUGGUGACCCCAACAAUAAAUCACCGACCAACGUGGUCACCUUUACUUGUCAAAUCAACCAAGAUUUCUCUGGUUCUUUGAUUGGCACCAGUUUCAACUUCAACCGAGACUGUCCCUACGGUAUGAAGACCGAGUUGUACUUCCCACCUUGUUGGGACGGAUUGAACCUCUACAAGUCUGAUGGUUCCCACAUGAGCUGGCCAGACAAUGGUGUCCGAUCAGGUUCUUGUCCUUGGUCUCACCCCGUCCGACUUCCUGCCAUCCAACUCGAGUACACCUGGUCCACCUCGAACUAUAACCCUGGACAAGCUUUGGCUGGUAAACUUGCUUGGGCGAACGGUGAUACCACUGGUUACGGUGUACAUGGUGAUUUUGUUGAAGGUUGGGACCAAGCUCUUCUUAACAAAGCUCUUAACGCCAACGGUACAUGUGUCGGUGUCUAUCACUCAAUGCAAAUGGGUGAAUGCCCCGUCUUGGCUCCUACUAUGGAUGACGCGGCGGCAAAAGCUUGUAAACCCGAAAGAGGAGAGUUGCAAGAAUCAUUUGGCAACGUGGACAACGUUCCUAUUCCUCGACUUCCCGGUUGUAACCCGCUUUGGGGUGCUACUGGUGACAAACCCGGCUGUAACCCUGCGAUUGCUGGUCUCGACGUCUCCAAAAUGACAGGUACUGAUGGACCAUACGUCGCCUCGGCUGCGGACAACAAGGUAUUCAAAUACCCUACCACCCCUGGAUGGCACAACAUCGCCUGUCUGAAAGAAAUCACUGCACUCACUGGUGGAGUCUCUUACACAGAUUCUUCGAUGACCGUCGAGUCCUGUCAACAGUCUUGUCUCGCGGCUGGUUACCAAUUUGCCGGUACCGGACAAGUCGGUGCAUGGAAUUGUGUCUGUGGUAACGCUAUCCGACCUUCUGCAAGUGUUUACCCCGGAAUGUGUUCGACCCCUUGUCCUGGUAACAGUGCCCAACAAUGUGGUGGUAGUUACAUCUUCAACAUUUGGUAUGCUGCCAAUGGAACCACCCAAAACACCACUACCCUCGCUGACGGCACUCAAUAUGUCGGCUGUUACAACAACCCUGGUACGGCUUCGGCAGGUCUUCUUGGCGCUUCCACUUACAAUUUCCAAUCGAGCUCUAUGACCACUGAGACCUGUAUCGCUGCUUGUCACAACCUCAACACCAACUGGGCUCUAACCACCUCUGCUAAAUGGUGCUACUGCGGUAAUGACUGGAACUUCGGUACUGGAUCCCUUGUACCCUCCUCUUACUGUACCGUCGCUUGUACCGGUAACUCCACCGAAAAAUGUGGUGAUUACUACCGAUCUUCAGUAUACAAUAUCACCGCGGCCAGUAUCGAGAAGUCAUCGGUUUACCACCCACCUGGAUGGCAAGGUUGUUACCAAGAUCUCAGUGGACGACUCGCUCUGACCAACAACUACUGGUCUGGUACUAUCACCCCUCAAUCCUGUAUCAACGGAUGUUCCGAGUUGGGUUAUUCUUACGCUGGUGUCGAGAAUGGUAAAACAUGUUACUGUGGUAACUCACCUCAGAUCACUCAACGACUCCCCGUCAGCCAAUGCUCGACCGCCUGUACCGGUAAUUCGACAGCUGUUUGUGGUGGUACCAACGCUAUGGAUCUUUACACCACCGCUUCAGCCAAUAUCACGGCGGCUACUGUCAAAGCCAGUAAACCUGCUGGUUAUCUCGGUUGUUUCCAAGACUCCGGUUCCAACAUUGCCUUCCAGAAUUACUACUCCUACACUGUGAACCCGAUGUCCGUCGAGAUCUGUAAACAAUCUUGUAUGGAGCUCGGUUACUCUUACGCCGGUGUGGAGAACAGUAACCAAUGUCGAUGUGGUAACAAUGUCCCUACCACCACCCAAUACGUGUCUAGCCUGCAGUGUAACAAGGUCUGUUCCGGUAACUCUUCCGAGACCUGCGGUGCUGGUGGAUAUCUUGAAGCAUACACUCUCGAUAACUCAACGAUGAGUGCCGUCAUGCCUGGUGUCUCCGCUGCCGACUACAUCACAUGUUACGAGAAUUCCAACAGAGGUCUUACCGGUUACACCUAUUAUGACAGUGGUAUGACCAUCGAGAAAUGUCGAACCACCUGUAGUGAAUUCGGGUACGGCCUCGCUUCAGUCUACCUCUCUAAAUACUGUGGAUGUGGUAACUCUUGGACUGGUGCUACACAAAAAUACCCGUCAAGUUCAUGUCAAUACUACAAGUGUGGUGGUAACAGUACUGAAUACUGUGGUGGUCAAACCCAAGCCGCUGUCUACAACACUUCCGAAGUCACUGUUACUAUCAACAAGCCCGAUGGUUGGGUAUCAUGUUGGACUGAUUCCGGCAGCGCCCGAACUCUACAAGAUUACUCGUACACCGCCAAUCCUCUCUCCGCCAAGGCUUGUCGAGUCGCUUGUGCCAAUCAAGGUUACCAAUACGCUGGUACCGAAUCCGGAAACCAAUGUUUCUGUGGCAACAAGGUUGCCAAUGGUGCCAAAGCUCCUACUUCGGCUUGUAACACCCAAUGUGCAGGUAACGCCAACGAAACCUGUGGUGCUUCCGGCUACAUGGACCUUUACAAUGCCACCGGAGCAGUCGCCAACAACGGUAUCAGAGGUUACCUUGGUUGUUUCACCGACGACUCGACUUUCAAUGGUAACUCCUACGUCAGUGAUUGGAUGUCCGUCGACUCAUGUAACCAAUGGUGUUACGCCAGAGGAUCAGCCUACGCUGGUAUCAGAAACGGUAAUCAAUGUAAAUGUUCCAGUGUCGCUCCUACCCUCGUCACUACCUCUGCUUCAUGUAACAACCCAUGUUCCGGUAACUCUACUCAAAACUGUGGUACCGCUACUACGAUCGCUGCGUACGAAUUGGCCAACACUGGUAUCAAGUCCGCCGACUUCGUUGUCAAUUCCAACUCGACCGGGUAUGUCGGUUGUUUCCGAGAAGGUUCGACAAGGAUGUUACCAUCUUACUACUUCUCUUCAUCAAGUAUGACCAACGAUCUCUGUAUCUCCAACUGUAAGGCUCUCGGAUACGCUUACGCCGGUUCCGAAUACGCCAGUCAAUGUUACUGUGCCGCCAAACUCGACCCCACUUCUGGUGGUUACAGAGUAGCUGAAAGCGCUUGUAACCAAGCUUGUGCUGGUAAAGUCGGUAUCUGUGGUAGUGGAAACAUUCUCUCGGUCUAUUCGACUCUCAACGCAACCACCAGUACACCAGCUGUUGAAGGCCUCAAGGGAUGUUACUCGCAAGGUACUUUCGGUCAAGCACCAUCAUUGUCAUACUCUGGUGGAUACAUGACUGCUUCACUUUGUCGACGAGCUUGUCGGAAUGGUGGAUUCUCUAUCGCAGGUACAACCAACGGUAACACUUGUGUAUGUGGUAAUAGCGCCACUUACGGUGCUGCCGCUGCUCCCGCAUCUUGUAACGCUCCUUGUCAAGGUAAUACUACUGAGACUUGUGGUGCAACCUUCUCUUCCGCUUGGUCCAUCUACGAUACCACCGGUGCCGGCUCGGACACUCCAGCAGGUUUCCCAGCCAACUACGUCGGUUGUGUCAACGAUGGUAGUCCCAGAGUCUUGCCCAACUACUCUAUCACCAACGGUGGUAUGUCAAGUGACGCAUGUCGAAAGAUCUGUGUUGCUGCCGGAUACAACAACUACGGUACUGAAGCUGGUACUCAAUGUUACUGCGGUACGACCAAACCUGUCACCGCAUUGUUACCCGACUCUCAGUGUACUAGCAAGUGUCCUGGUGCCCCCACUGAAGCUUGUGGUGCUGGAGGUAAGAUGUCUCUCUACUCUGUCGCUGGAGCAUCUUCCAACACCACCGCCUCGGUCUCCGCUUCAGCCUCAGCAAGUAUCACUGGUUCAGCAAGUACGUCCGGCUCGGUCUCAGCCUCUAAAUCUGCCUCAGCCUCAGUCUCCUCUGUCGCCGCCAGUAGCAGCUCUUCUCGAGCAGCUUCAUCGGUCACCAUCGCCUCGUCUUCCUCAUCGUCCAAACCCGCUUCUUCAGCCGCUGCCUCUUCUAGUAGCAGUUCCGUCUCCAUGGCGGCGUCUUCUAGUAGCAGCAGUUCUGCCUCCAAGGCCACUUCCUCUUCUGCCGCUGCUGCAGCCUCUAGCAGUACUUCCAAACCUGCUAGCUCCAACGCCUCCAGCUCGAAAGCCUCGAUGCCCGGUGGCGGCGCGAUCGCUACUGGCGGUACUGUCAGUGUCACCUCUACCUCGACUGCGGCCUCAGCCAUAACUUCGGCUGUGACGAAACCGGCUACUUCAAGUGUCACUUCCAGCUCCGCUGCGCCAGCCUCUUCAUCCAAGUCCGUUGCUGCUGCUUCUUCGUCCUCUAGCAAAGCUCCAGCUUCAUCAGCUGUGACCGCUACUUCCACCACGGUCAUCCAAUCUUCUUCCACUACCAGCUCCAACGCGGCUAUCCCAACCGGUACCGCUUUGGGCUGUUGGACUGGAGGAAACACCGUAUUCUCCUCAGCGGUAAUGACAGGACACGAUAACCUUACUCCGUCGAUGUGUCAGAUCUGGUGUAAUGCCAACUACUACACUUACUCUGGUUUAUCCGGAGGAAACACUUGUGGAUGUUCCAACUCGCUUGAUGGUCUCACUUCCGCAGCCUCUUCAAGCUGUUCCACCAAAUGUUCAGGAGACUCCAACCAAGUUUGUGGAGGAACCAUCAACAGUACAUACUCGGUGUUCAGAGCUCAGGCGGCUACCAAACCUUCAAACGCCAAGAGGUUCGACAGUGGUUCGGCAUCGAUCAGAAGGAGGAACGAAAGGAGGAUAGUCCAUUCACCUAACAAGAAUGAGGGGACUAUGAAGAGAAGAGGUAAAGGCGUUUUCGCUAACUGGUAG